GAGCGAUCGAGACGCCGAGUUCGUCGAAUUUUGACGAGGCCGCGACCGAGCGAACGGAAGCGCAACCCCGAAGGAAUGGAGAAGGAGCAGCCCGACUCCCUGGCCACGGUCGCCGUGGGCUCGGAGAAGGCAUCCCCGGACCACGGGCACUACGCCCCCAGCGAGGUCUACUCCGCGUCCGAGCCGCCCCCGGCGUACAUGAGGCCGGCCACCAAGAGCACGGCGGUGCAGAUCGCCCGGAUCGCCGCCGUCACCCUGGUCACCGUGUCGGUGGUCCUCGGCGGAUUCAUUCUGGCGGCGUCCUGGGUCCAGGCCCGCGCAUCCUGCGGCCCCGAGGCCGUCCAGACCCCGCGGACGCCCGAGCGGGAGUUUCCGGAUCGUCCGUGGCCCGAGGCGCUGAAACAGGAACCCGCCGACGUCAAGGACUAUUCGCAAGCAUCGUCCGAACCGAGCGGAGCCAAGGAGGUUCGAUCCGAGAGCCAGGACGCCAGAGCCCGGAACGGUGACGGAAAGCCCGACGGCGACGACGGGGACAACGACGAGGAGGACGACUACGACGACGAGGAGUUCCCUCCGGUUCGCAUCAAGCUGCCUCUUCAGCUGGACCUCGACGACAUUGCAGGGACCUUGAUGCAGCAGGCGCGCAGCAGAGUUUCCUGCGUCGUGGAGAGACGAAGGGCCGACGAGGUGACCGAUGGGUCAGACAACGGCAUCGACGGCAACGGCACCGACCCCCAGAGGUUCCAGCGGCUCAGCGGCGAGCGCGUCGCCAUCCUGUGCGAGUCCGGAAAUCCGCAUCAGGAGCAACGGGAGCAGGAGAUGCCGACGCCGAUCAUCGUUCCUCUGGGAACCGUGCAGAUCCCCGUUGGGAGCCAGGAACCGAACUACCACCGGUACCGAGUGCACCCUAGGUAUCAGGUUCCCGAUAUGCAACAGCUGCCCCUCAGCGACCCUCGGGGACUGAACCACAUCCCCGCGGGAAUCUUGCCCCCGGAACUGCGCAAUUUGCCCCAGCUCCCCAUGGAGAUGCGUCCUCCGCGUGCGGGACCGCAGAUCGAGUUGCGCCACUUCCCGAUGGACCCCGUGGGCGCGAUGCCGCAGGAACCGCGGAUGCCCGCCAUGUUCCACCAGCAGGAGCAGCCGGUCGUCUCCGUGUUCCACCAGGAGCAGCCGGUCCCGCCGAUGAUGCAGGCCCCUCGGGCCGAGGGCCAACUCCACGAGCAGCAAGCGGUUCCCCGGAUGAUGAUGCCCCCUCGGGAGCACGGGGUGCCGAUGGACCCGCAGGCCUCCGCCCCCGAGAGGCCUCACCCUUUCCAGGGGAUCCCUCUGGAGAUCAGGCGCAUCAUUCAGCAAGUCCCUCUGGAGAUCAAGAACAUCAUUCAGCAGAUCACCGGGGAACACGUCGUCGCUCGAGCCUUCCCGGUCCCCGUUCCGGAGGGAGCGCGUCGCGAGACCGUCGUCCAGGAGUUCAAGCCGUUCCCGGAAGGAGCUCGACCGAUACCUCUCGGACCGUUCCCUCUGCCGAUAGAGGUGAGGAACCUCCUGGAGAGCGGCAACCUCGAUGAGGCUUCUCGGUCCCGCGACGAUAGCGACGAGGAACGACAAGAGGCUAAACCCUUCCCCGGUACCGAGGACCGGAGCGACGAAGCCGACAGGGGCUUCCCAAUUCCCGUCGAAGUGCGCAGCAUCAUUCGCCAGGUCGUGGAAGGUCGCGCGCCAAAGUUCUCCUCGCCCCCGAGGCCCCUCGAGUCCAUGGAGAUCCCGGUCCAGGCGCAGGCACGGAUCGCCGAGAGUCAGAGUCCGGAGCAGCAGGCGGAGCACCACCAGCACGAGCAACAGGUGCAUCAAGUUCCGGGACGACUCGUCCUUCAACGGCAGGAGCGCGAGGAGGAGAAUCGGCCCCACUACGUGCAGCCUCGCUCGGUUCGCUCGAUUCCUGAGCCAUUCGCUCAUCGGCGCGAGAAGCGCGUGCGCAGGUGCGCCUGCGAUUGCGCCUGUUAACUCGCACCCCAGUCUUCCUCGGCGGAGUCUGCGAGCCUAGUUUCGAGCCAAUCUGGGAAGCCAAGAAGGGCGCCAGAAACGGCCGGUUCCCCUGCAGCCUCGACUCCGAAUUUCCCGAUUGGGUCCCUCCCCGUAGACGCGAUUCGCAAUUGCACGAGGAACGCGUCGCCCCGUUAAAACGGUCGAUGCUCGUUGGCCCUCGCGCAGGUUUCGGUGGUUCGUUUUGUCCAUAUAGCAAAUUCAUAUUUUUCCAUUUUCCGUUGGUGUCCCGCCCGGUGAACCUUUCGGUUAAGCGUCUCUUAGUACUCGCGAGCGAAAGAUAACGAGGAUACGAGCGAUACCUUGAUAUCUCUAUAGAUCCGCGAAAGUUCUAACGAAUUCGUUGAUCGAUCCGUUAAUUUGAAUCGACGUUGACGCGACGCACCGUAGGCUCUUCUCCUCGUUUCCGCGGAAAAUUCGCUUCCACUUAAAAAUACCCCGACCGCUCUCCCGGCUCUAUUUUUAGUCGCUAUUAACUUCGGCGUUCUUGGGUGGUGAUCUUUCAAACGACCCCGAUGUUCCUCCUCUCUUUGUAUUUUUUUUUUCUUUUUUUCCUCGUUGAGAAUAAGCCACGGUCUUCCUUCCUCUUCCUCUUCCUCUUAACCCGGAAGGAGUCUCGAGCGGCGCCUCGUACCGAGUGAUCCAAGUGCUUUCUCGCAAGCGUUAUUGCCGUAGUUGCAUAAUCCGUCCUGUACACACAACCCGCGGUGGCGUUUCUGUACAUUCUUUUCGCGAAUCCAGUAUCCCUGAUAAUUUUAAGGGACGGACACACUUUUAUAUGUAUUAUUUCUCCAUGUAUUUUUCUUUUUCCCAAGGAAAUAAAGCGAAUUAAUUAAU